CGGUGAAAUAUCUGUCUCAUCUAGCUGUGAUUCAACUUUGGAAAACUAAACAGCAACAUGGAAUCGGAGAAAGAAGUGCGAUCAAUAGGAGAUGUCCCUGACCCAGAGGAGGAAGAGAAGAGGCUGGCGGCAGCAGCCCGGGAAGCCAACCAUCUAAAUGAGUUGAGGCUGGUGCUGUUGGGCUGGAGGUGGCCUGGGAAGAGCCUGACAGGCAACACCAUACUGGGCCACGAGGAGUUCCGCCUGGAGCGGGCGGCUGAAUUCUGCAUCAAGCGUCAGACUGAGGUGGAGGGGCGCCAGGUGACGGUAAUAGACACUCCGGGCUGGUUCUCGACACAGUCCACGCCACCAGUCUACCAGCAGGAGAUGGUGCGGGGCGCCUCCAUGUGCGGGCCCCUGGGCCCCCACGCUUUCUUGCUGGUCAUCCCUGUGGGCAUGUUUACCGAGGUGGACCGGGCCCGCAUCGAGGAGCACUUGGCUCUGUUCGGGGAGCGUGUGUGGAGGCAUACCAUCGUGGUGUUCACCUGGGCAGAUGUGCUGAGGAACAUGUCCAUCGAGAGGCACAUCAAGCGAGAGGGGAAGGAUCUGCAGUGGGUGCUGGAAAAGUGCAAGAUGCGGUACUUUGUCAUCAGCAACUACAUAUUUGGGGAGCACCCCCAGCUGCGGCAGCUUAUGGAGAAGAUAGAGAAGGUGGUGGCGGAGGAGGGCAUCUAUAACCCAGAGGAUGUGGAGGAGAAGAAACCUCUGGGCCAGAAUCAGAACCAAACCCAGAACCGGGAGCUUGGAGCAAGGCCCAAAGUGAAUUCUGCCGUAGGAUUGGCCAAAAUGGACAUGGACCCGCCCCACAAGAAGAAUCCAUGAUGAUUGUCCAGGACAAGGCAAUAUUCCUCUAUAGUAAAAAUCAAUACUUCAAUGAACGAGUCUUUAACAAUAUAGUUUCACAUAGACGUGAAGACAAUGAUAGUUAUACCAAUGAUAUUACUAGGGAUGCACGAUAUAUCGGAAUUGGCUGAUGUUUGCUAAAAAUGCCAACAUCGGUAUCGGCCCGAUAUCAAGUUUAACGCCGAUUGUUAAAAAACAAUGUCAAAGCUACUGUGCAUACCUAUAUAAUGUAGGUACAUGGCGUAAUAACUCCACGUAAAAUGUUGCACUACACGCUCAACACAGCAUUCCUAACCUAGCCCACACAAUGUCUGCUAUGUGGAUUGAGCAGUCAACAAGUCGAGCAGUCAUUUGAAAGAGUAAGAACAUUUCAACUCAAAGGCGAAAUCCAUGAAAGCCAAGAUAAUGGAAUUCAUUGCCUUUGACAGUCAACUGUUCUCUGUCAUGGGUGCUGUUGGCUUUCGCCGACUGGUCGAGCACCGGUACACACUACCAAGUGUGCUAUAUUUCAGAUGUUGCCCUACCGGAGUUACACAGUAAUAGCGUCACUGCUAUUAGCUUCACGACAUACAUACUAUGGAACGCCGUUUGGGUCUUUGCGUGUCAAAAAAUAUACAGUAGCACUCAAAGCUGUACAAAAUAGUCUGCUAACACCGGCCACAAACGAUGUGUUUACAAUAGAGGUCGACCGAUUAAUCAGAAUGGCCGAUUUUAAUUAGGGACGAUUUCAAGUUUUCAUAACAAUCGGAAAUCGGUAUUUUUGGGCGGAAUUUAAUUAUUUUUUUUAAUGUAUUUUUAUUUUUAAAUGUUAUUUAUUUUAAUUUUAUAUACAUUUAUUUAACUAGGCAAGUCAGUUAAGAACACGUUCUUAUUUUCAAUGAUGGCCUAGGAACGGUGGGUUAACUGCCUUGUUCAGGGGCAGAACGGCAGAUUUUCACCUUGUCAGCUCGGGGGAUCCAAUCUUGCAACCUUACAGUUAACUAGUCCAACACAUUAACGAUCUGCCUCUCUCUCGUUGCACUCCACAAGGAGACUGUUACGUGAAUGCAGUAAGCCAAGGUAAGUUGCUAGUUAGCAUUUAACUUAUCUUAUAAAAAACAAUCAAUCAUAAUCACUAGUUAACUACACAUGGUUGAUGAUAUUACUAGAUAUUAUCUAGCGUGUCCUGCGUUGUGUAUAAUCUGACUGAGCAUACAAGCAUACAAGGAUCUGACUGAGCGGUGGUAGGCAGAAGCAGGCGCGUAAGCAUUAAUUCAAACAGCACUUUUGUGCGUUUUGCCAGCAGCUCUUCGUUGUGCAUCAAGCAUUGUGCUGUUUAUGACUUCAAGCCUAUCAACUCCCGACAUGAGGCUGGUGUAGCCGAAGUGAAAUGGCUAGCUAGUUAGCGGGGUGCGAGCUAAUAGCGUUUCAAACGUCACUCGCUCUGAGCUUUCUAUUAGUUGUUCCCCUUGCUCUGCAUGGGUAACGCUGCUUCGAUGGUGGAUGUUGUCGUUGUGUUGCUGGUUCGUGUCCAGGGAGGAGCGAGGAGAGGGUUGGAAGCUAUACUGUUACACUGGCAAUACUAAAGUACCUUUAAGAACAUCCAAUAGUCAAAGGUUAAUGAAAUACAAAUGGUAUAGAGGGAAAUAGUCCUAUAAUAACUACAACCUAAAACUUCUUAGCUGGGCAUAUUGAAGACUCAUAUUAAAAGGAACCACCAGCUUUCAUAUGUUCUCAGGUUCUGAGCAAGGAACUGAAAUGUUAGCUUUUUUACAUGGCACAUGUUGCUCUUUUACUUUCUUCUCCAACACUUUGUUUUUGCAUUAUUUAAACCAAAUUGAACAUGUUUCAUUAUUUAUUUGAGGCUAAAUAUAUUUUAUUGAUGUAUUAUAUUAAGUUAAAAUAAGUGUUCAUUCAGUAUUGUUGUAAUUGUCAUUAUUACAAAUACAUUUUUAAAUUGGCCGAUUAAUCGGUAUUGGCAUUUUUGGUCCUCCAAUCAUCGGUAUCGGCGUUGAAAAAUCAUAAUCGGUAGGCCUCUAGUUUACAAUACCGCAUUGGUAAUAAAGCAUAAUUUGUUCGACCGCAACUUCCGGGGUAGCUAGCUUUAGCUUGGUAUCUAGCUAGCACCAAUACAACCAGCCUGAAAACAAUGACGAGUUGAAACUGCAGACAUUUUCAUUAUUCUUAGCAAUGGUUUAGGACCCCUCUUAAGUAUUAGCUAGGUUUUCACUUUUUGUUCGCCUAUUGAAAUUGAAGUUCAGUACAUAAAAAUAAAUAGCUAGCCAGCUACUUAACCCUAUUUCCCAAAGCUAGCGUUAUAAGCAGCUAGCUAGCUUCAUCAUGCUAGUGGCUCGACCGGACCAAGUAAUGUGUUGUGAAGCUAGUCACAAUAAUGAUUAGGCACAAUAGUGGAAUUUGCCGUUUACCUUCAAAAUAAAACUGUCAUUGACAGUGAUGCAAAUGAAUACAAAUAGUAGAAUUAUGCCAUACUUUUAUUUUGAAGGCUAGCCGCAAAGUGCACGAUUGUGGCUAAUCCUUAUUGUGGCUAGCUUCACAUAGAUGGGUUCCGACCACCAUUAAUCAAGUAAGAACUGUGUUAUAAAUUAGGGUUAUUUUAGAUGAUGACACCUAGCUAUAUAGUUAGCUUGCUUCUGAAACAGAUUGUCGUUAUUUAACACGUCAAAUAGUGUUAUUUGACACAUCAAAUAGUGUUAUUUGACGUUUAUCUUUUUUUGACAAGCAAAAACCCAAACGACGUUCCAUAGAAAUCCUGGUUGAGAAUGAAACGACUCAACAAAUGAACAACGAAACAGCACAGCAAGUAAGUGAAAGAAAUAGGUUUUGAUGAUGUUUUGCUGGUAAUGGGGACAUACGUAAAUGCCCAAAAAAUUACUUUUUGGUCAGUGUGGUGUGUGUGUAACUAGGCAAGUUAGUUAAAAACAAAUUCUCAUUUACAAUGACGUCCUGGAUGACGCUGGGCCAAUUGUGCGCCGUACUAGAAUGCUUAAAAGGCCGCAAAAAUGUCAAAUAUAUGUAUCGGGUUUUGUUUUUGCAAGGAAAAUAUUGGUAUCGGCCAAAAAUGUCACAUUAGAUAUUACAUAUACAGUAACAGUCAAACGUUUGGACACACCUACUCAUUCCAGGGUUUUUCUUUAUUUGGACUAUUUUCUACAUUGUAGAAUCAUAGUGAAGACAUCACAACUAUGAAAUAACAGAUAUGGAAUCAUGUAGUAACCAAAAAAGUGUUAAACAACUCAAAAUAUACUUUAUAUUUUAGAUUCAUCAAAGUAGCCACCCUUUGCCUUGACAACUUUUGCACACUGUUGGCCUUCUUUCAACCAGCUUAACCUAGAAUGCUUUUCCAAGGGGAGUUCCCACAUAUGCGGAGCACUUGUUGGCUGCUUGUCCUUCACUCUGCAGUCCAACUCAUCUCAAACCAUCUCAAUUGGGUUGAGGUCAGGUGAUUGUGGAGGCCAGGUCAUCUGAUGUAGCUCUUGAUAAUUCUCCUUCUUAGUCAAAUAGCCCUUACAUAGCCUGGAGGUGUGUUGGGACAUUGUCCUGUCAAAAAACAAAUGAUAGUCCCACUAAGCACAAACCAGGUGGGAUGUGUAUCACUGCAGAAUUCUGUGGUAGCCAUGCUGGUUAAGUGUGCCUUGAAUUCCAAAUGAAUCACUGAUAGUGUCACCAGCAAAGCACCCCCACACCAUUACACCUCCUCCAUGCUUCACGGUGAGAAACACACAUGCGGAGAUCAUCUGUUCACCUACACUGUGUCUCACAAAGACAUGGCGGUUGGAACCAAACAUUUCAAAUUUGUACUCAUCAGACCAAAGGACAGAUUUCCACUGGUCUAAUGUCCAUUGCGUGUGUUUUUUGUCCCAAACAAGUCUCUUCUUCUUAUUGGUGUCCUUUAGUAGUGGUUUCUUUGCAGCAAUUCGACCAUAAAGGCCUGAUUUACACAGUCCGCUCUGAACAGUUGAUGUUGAGAUGUGUCUGUUACUGUAACUCUGUGAAGCAUUUAUUUGGGCUGCAAUUUCUGAGGCUGGUAUCUCUAAUGAACUUAUCCUCUUCAGCAGAGGUAACUCUGGUUCUUCCUUUCCUGUGGCGGUCCUUGUGAGAGCCAGUUUCAUCCUAGCGCUUGAUGGUUUUUGUGAUUGCACUUGAAUAAACUUUAAAAGUUCUUGAAAUUUUGACUGACCUACAUGUCUUAGAGUAAUGAUAGACUGUCGUUUCUCUUUGUUUAUUUGAGCUGUUCUUGCCAUAUUAUGGACUUGGUCUUUUACCAAAUAGGGCUAUCUUCUGUAUACCACUCCUACCUUGUCACAACACAACUUAUUGGCUUAAAUGCAUUCACAAGGAAAAAUUGUAGAAUAUAGUGAAAAUAAAGAAAAACCCUUGAAUGUGUGUGUCCAAACUUUUGACUGGUACUGUACAUCUGAAGUAAUCCUUGUCUGUUAUAAUGUAUCCAUUUUCAGAUUCAGUGGAUGGACUGACUGACUGACUGAAGGAGAGCUGGUGAGCCACCGCAGUACUGAUUUCAGAGCUCUAUGUCCAUACGUUACCCCAACCUCAGGGCCUGUAUUCAUAAAGUGUCUCCGAGUAGGAAUGUUGAUCUACGAUCAGUUCCCCUUUUAGAUCAUAAUGAAUGAGACGGGGGGGGCAUGAUCCUAGAUCAGUACUCCUACUCUGAGAUGCUUUAUGAAUACAGGCCCAGAUUCUUUUAAACCUUUAAGACUUUAUCUCUCUACCAUUUUAUAUAAAUAAUAGUUAUCUGUAACUGGAUGUGGGCUAACAUGAUCAGGGGUCACGUUAAUGCGGAAUUCUGCGUUUAUCACACCACAGGGGGGAAAUAAAGAUAAAACCCAUAAAUAUCUUGCUGCAUUUUGUAAACACAGAUCUAAAAUGCUUCUUGUAAUUGCUGCUCGGCAUCAGGCUUCUUUUUUUUGUUGCUUCAGUUGCAAUUCUACACUCCAAUGAGAAUUCACGAACGGGCAUUCUAUCAGAAGACAGCGCUCUGACUGAUGUGUAGCUACUUUUCUUCAGUACAUUUUAUCGGUGUAGCCUGCUUUUCUCUGGUAAAAUGUACGAUUAACUUCAAGCAAAACCUAAGUAAAUGAUGUGGCUGCCGGCCAAAUAGCGUUUCACUUCUGUUGUCAUCUGAUGAUAAUGAAGCUAUUUUCUGCUGAAUGUGUUGCACUAAUAUAUUUUAUGUGAAGGAAAACUAUAGUUGCAUGUCCCUGAUCACUCUUGAAGCAACAAAAGAAAACUUUUAAUAUAAAAUAGUUAGAAACCUUGAUUUUGUGAUGGUCUGCGUUUUGAAAAUAUAGAUUUCUGAACUCUAGCGAGAUCCCUGAUGAUGCUGUUCUUGCUUUUUGAGACUGUUAGGUCUACCUCGUACCUAUGACAGUUCUGAUGCAAUGUAUAUAUUUGGGGAUUUUAUUGUAUCUGAUUUGCACAUGAAGUAAGAAGCAAAUCACAUUACAGUACCAGUCAAAAGUUUGGAGAUCAACUCAUUCUAGGAUUUUCCUUUAUUUUUACUGUUUUCUACAUUGUAGAAUAAUAGUGAAGACGUCAAAACUAAACUAUGAAAUAACACAUGGAAUAAUGUAGUAACCAAAAAAGUGUUAAACAAAUGAAAAUAUAUUUGAGAUUCUUCAUAGUAGCCACCCUUUGCCUUGACAGCUUUGCACACUCUUGGCAUUCUCUCAACCAGCUGCAUGAGUUAGUCACCUGGAAUGCAUUUCAAUUAACAGGUGUUCCUUGUUUAAUGUUAAUUUGUGGAAUUUCUUUCCUCCUUAAUGCGUUUGAGCCAAUCGGUUGUGUUGUGACCAAGGUAGAGGUGGUAUACAAGAACAGCUCAAAUAAGCAAAGAGAAACAACAGUCCAUCAUUACUUUAAUACAUGAAGGUCAGUCAUUCUGGAAAAUGUCAAAAACUUUGAAAGGUUUCUUCAAGUGCAGUCGCAAAAACUAUCAAGUGCUAUGAUGAAACUGGCUCUCAUGAGGACCGCCACAGGAAAGGAAGUACCAGAGUUACCUCUGCUGCAGAGGAUGAGUUCAUUAGGAUAGGAUAAGGUUCCCGCAGUGAAGCAUGGAGGUGUGAUGGUGUGGGGAUGCUUGCUGGUGACACUGCCAGUGAUUUAUUUAGAAUUCUUGACACACUUAACCAGCAUAGAUACCAUGCUGCGAUACGCCAUCCCAUCUGGUUCGUGUUUAGUGGGACUAUCAUUUGUUUUUCAACAGGACAAUGACCCAAAACACAUCUCCAGACUGUGUAAGGGCUAUUUGAACAAGAAGGAUUUGAUACAUUGAAAGAAUGCAAGAGUGUGCAAAGCUGUCAUCAAGGCAAAAGGUGGCUACUUUGAAGAAUCUAAAAUAUAAAGUAUAUUUUGAUUUGUUUAACACUUUUUUUGGAUACUAUAUAUGAUUCCAUAUGUGUUAUUUCAUAGUUUUGAUGUAGAACAUAGUAAAAAUAAAGAAAAACCCUGGAAUGAGUAGGUGUGUCCAAACUUUUGACUGGUACUGUACAUUUAUACAAGAUUGAAAAAAGCCUGACUUUAGAGGUCAAAUGUGUACCAAAAUAGGCCCUGUAUAUCUACCGUUUUCUUCAUGAAGUGAGGAUCAUGACAGAUCUCUGAGGCUGGGACAGAGACAAGGAAGUCCCUUAACCUGAUGUGUACAGCACAUGCUAGAUUGCGCUAUUAUGUUUUUUACAUUUUUAAUAAACGUUAAUGUUAAGGAAAACUUUGUUAAAAGCUACCCCAAUUGUGACCAAAAAGUGUAUAGUGUUUUAUCAAGCACUUGAAGUGCAGGUACUGUUUUACUCUACUAGUAGAGAAUAUAUAUACAUAUCUUUGUCUGGGUUUUGUAUAUGGGUGUGAAAUGAUAAAUGUGCAUUUUUUAUUUAUCAGGCUCAUGUAUCUGUAUGUAUCAAACCCUCCCUUCUUUGCAAGGGAAUAGCUGCUGAAAAUGUGUUUUUAAAUGCAAGUUGGAUAAUGAUAAAUCAAUGGCACAUUGCAUUUUAAUAUUAUAAUUUUGUGGCAGCUAUAUGCUUCCAUAACCCUCUGAGUGUGGUCUCUUAAUUAUUCAGAUUAGUAAUUUUAUGUUUAAUUCCUAACUAAUCUGUUGCAGUAUUGCAAUGUGGUCCAUGAUGAUGGUAUUAAUAGGUUUCUUGUUUUGAAAAUUGCUUAUUUCUGUGGGUUGGGUUUAUUUUAAUCCUGACCAUAUGCCUACAGCUGGCAGCACCCAAAUAAUCAUCCAUUUGGAGCACAGCUGCAUGCGACCCCAUCAUAAUGCCAAUCCUCAAUUUGGUUUGACAUUUUAUAUUCCUAAAGGGCUAGUUAGGGAUCAUCAGUAAAUUACACAAUGUACAUGGGGCAAUAUUUUUUUUAAGUAAAUGGCUUUAAACUUCAAUGAACUUCAAUGACCUCAAACCAAAUAUAAAUUGUAGAAAUGCAUAUACAACUAUUGAAUGUAUUUCAGACCACUAAAAGAUGUGCAACAUGAAAAUAUUGUCCCAUUUACAUAGUCAUUUAUUGUAUGGUCCCUAACUAUCCCCCAGAGGUAGGCUAUCCAAAGUCAAACCAAUUUUGCCACUGUCGCACACCAACCCGGCUGAAGCUACAGUAAUUGGUGAAAUAAUUUGUCUAACUCAUCACACCUGCAAACACACGAGACACCCACAUCAAGCAACACCCGAAACCAACUCAGGUUUGAAUUCAGUCAUGGCUGCUAAGCAUUUCUUAAAUGAACCAAAUCUAAAUUGAAGCCAAAUCAAGAAGUGCAGUUAUCCUUUAGUACUGUGAAUAAAGGUGGAAAAGAUGUCUAUUAUUAUGUCAUUAUUGUAAUAAUUAUUAUUAAGAUAUCCCUUUACUAUUUUAUAAUUGCUAGUAGUAGUAGUAGCUCCAUUCACUAACUACCAUCCAAUGAUGGGUAUAACACUGACUGUUUUCUAUGUUGAUAUUGUAUACAAACUAUUUUACAAACAUAUUCAUAUUGGUGAUUUGUCUUGCUGUUACAUUGUAUUCUGUGAGUUACACUUUCAUUUAAGGGUUCUGAGUCAAUAAAAUAGGUAUGUGGUAGGUGUCUUCUCUAGUCAGUGUAACUUAAGUUGUCUUUUGUUUCCAUAUAAUUGUUUUGUUUGUUUGUGUGAACACCCUGUUAUAUUUUGUCUUGCUGUAGUAGACAAGUCAAUUUUUUAAAAAUGUAUCUAAAUAAAGUUCAUAUUUUGAUGAAAUGGAAGAUAA